AUGGGUUCCAGAUAUCAGCAGGCAACAACUCUUCACAUCAUUAUUUUCCUACAGAUAAUUCAUUCGGUCACAGGCCAAUAUAAAAUCAUUCCUCCUGACAAGCCUGUCACUGGAGUCAUUGGAAAAGGAGUCAUCCUGCCCUGUCAGCUGAAAGUUAAGAUAAUCCCUGAGAGACUUUCUGUUCAGUGGAUAUUUAUUGGAAACUCCAAAAAUAUUGAUGUGACCACUUAUGAUGGAAAAAACAUAUACAAUCCGGUUCAUGAGUAUGAGACAUACAAGGGCAGGACAAAUUUUUUUCGGUCUGAAUUUAGUAAGGGAAACGUGUCUCUUCACCUGAAAAAUGUCAUGCUUUCGGACAAAGGGAAAUACACCUGCAGUGUCUUUUUUGAGAAUUGGUAUGAUGAAGUGGUGGUUGACCUGGAUGUGGCAGGUAGUUUUACACAAUCCCGUAAAGCAGAAAAAGAAGAUUUGAAGGCAAAACUAGCUGUAACUAGCAUCACAAAGCCAAAAAUGUAUGGCCUAGACUCUAUCGUGAGAAAUAUUGGCUUGGAUGUUUAG